CAAUGAGUUUGGGUUUGAGUUUGGCAAAACCCGACCCAACCCAUCCCUAGUAAGUGGGUAAGAUGGACUGUUUUGUAAGAUAUGACUGGUUUGGGUACUAAUAUGUAAGUUUAACAUAUGCAGAAGGGAACACAAAUGAUAUUGUCACUUGAUAGGAUUAGGAGGGCCAGGACCUGAAUUUUGAACUUGUGGAUAGCCGCUAGUGUAUGGUCCUUUUGGUUUUGGAUGUUGAGGUCACAGUGGAAUUAGGAGUUACAGUGAACACUAAUUCAUGUUAAUUGACAAUAAACCAGGGAAGAAAGUCUCCACGUUUACAGAUUUGCUGGCGAACAGAAGCGAAAAUUAGGACAAACAACGAGAUAGAAAAACAGAGCUACUGCUGUGGUUCCCCUCCAGGCUGCGACACACCACCGCCAUGGCUUCAGCUUCGAUGCCGUUCGCCGCAACUUUCUCAAAUUCACCAUUGCAGAGUAUCGCAGACAAGGCAAGGUGUUGUUCUCCUACCUUGCAGUCGCUGAGCGUUUCCCUUGCAUCAAUCAGGUUAUCCCCGCUCUCCUCCUCCAAAUCAGGGUUUCUGCAACAUGGGUUCUCUUUGCAAUCCCAGAAACUAGCCGGGGUUGCUACAAAGACUCGUUCUUUUGGCGUUUACGCCAGAGCUGCCACUGAGAAAUCCAUUCAUGACUUCACUGUAAAGGACAUUGAUGGUAAAGAUGUGUCUCUGAGCAAAUUCAAGGGCAGAGUUCUGCUAAUUGUCAAUGUUGCUUCCCGAUGUGGCUUGACAUCUUCGAACUAUUCGGAAUUGUCGCACAUUUACGAGAAGUACAAGGCACAAGGGCUCGAAAUCCUAGCCUUCCCUUGCAACCAGUUUGGAGGCCAAGAACCAGGAUCGAAUCCCGAGAUCAAGCAAUUCGCUUGUACCCGAUUCAAAGCUGAAUUCCCGAUAUUUGAUAAGGUUGACGUAAAUGGACCAAGCACAGCCCCAGUAUACAAGUUUCUCAAGUCGAGUGCUGGCGGCUUCUUAGGCGAUUUGAUCAAAUGGAACUUCGAGAAGUUCUUGGUGAACAAGAAUGGAAAGGUUGUUGAACGUUAUCAACCAACAACGUCGCCUUUCCAAAUCGAGAAGGAUAUCCAGAAACUGCUCGCCGCGUAAAUAUCCAGCCUCCUCCAAUCACAUGAAUGGAUCGAUCAUGUAUACGUCGUAGCACAUUUGUUUGUACAUGUCUGCAUACAGACAUCACGUACAUACAUUUAUAAGCCUUUUUGGUGUUGGUUAUAGUGAUUUGUGUACUGUACUCUCAGACCUUUGUACAGUUCUAUGAUUUUUGUACUUAUUAUGUUGAUUGCUAAGAUAACAGAGGAAUCAGGUGUGUUUAAGUAAUCCAGAAGGCAUUAACGGGCUGCAGCUCCUAGUCUUCUCCGCUUUGCAGAACAGAACAGAACAGAACCGAAGGCAGCAGCAGGCUGAAGCUGCUCUGUUCUAGUGUUCUGCGAGUUCUUUACCUGCAAUGAAAACACAAGUUCACG